AUUACAAGGUUUUAAAAUUUUUUGAUUGUAAACUUUACAGCAUUAAUCCAAAGCACAGUUAACUCUAGUUUGUCUAAAUCGAAUGAAUUGUAACAAAAUAACAAAAGUAAGAACCUUUCAAAUUUAAUUUUCUGUCUAUUCUUCAAAGACCAACACUGAAGUUAAAAUAGUAGACUAUUUUAGCGUAUCAACUUAUGAUCAUAAAUUCAAAUUUCGUGACAAUUUGCACCACGUAAGGUCGUAAAUACUAGGAAGUAAAACAACUGAGAGAAUUUAUAAUCACAAUCAAUAGACAGCAAUAACGCUCUCAUAUCAGUUAACUCAUAGUCAUUUAACUGCUUCAACUAGCAAUAUAGUCAUAAUGGAAACUAACACUACACCAUAUCAUAGAAUAAAUAAAUUUUUUCUGAGUGUAAUCGGCCAAUGGCCGCAUCAAUCAACAAAAUCAAAAUGGAUUUGUUACCUUAUUUUAUUUUUUUUCUGUUCUACUCAGGGUUAUCUCCAGACUGCAGGAAUGAUAGCAGCGAGAAUUGACAUCGAUGUUUUUUUGGAAGCCAUUCCAACAGUUUUGGCUGAUGUUAUUUGUGGAAUUAAAAUGUUCAAUUUUUCAGUCAAUGCUGCAAAGAUGAAAAAAUUACUUCUUACGAUGGAAGAAGAUUGGAAAAUAUACGCAUCGGGGCCUGAAAAUAAAAUUUUGAACGAGUACGCUCAUUUUGGGCGUAAAGUUACUAUAUAUUAUACAGGUGCACUUUAUGGUACACUGGCACCUCUAGUUAUAGUACCAAUUACUCCACUUAUACUCGAUGUAAUAGCUCCUAUGAAUGAAAGCUAUCCAAAACAUUUGAUGUUUCAACAAAUCGAGUUUCUAGUCGACGCUGAUAAAUACUUUUACCCAUUAUUUAUUCAUAAUUAUAUGGGGACCGUUGCAUUUUUGACCAUUAUUAUUGCAAUUGACACGAUGCUUAUGGUUUAUAUUCAACAUGGGUGCGCUAAAUUUGCAAUACUUGGAUUAUGUUUGGAACGAAUUGCUAACAAUGCUGACCAGAGCACCGACCGUCGUACCACCGAAUUCGAUGAUAUCGAUUACAGGGAAAUGGUCAAAUGCAUUGUGAUUCAUAACCGCGCAAUUGAAUUUGCGAAUCUUAUUGAAGACGCCAAUAAUCUUAGUUUUCUCAUUGUCAUCGGAAUCAACAUAAUAAUGAUGACAACGUCUGCUUUAGUGGCGGUUUUCAAACUGGCGAUGAACGAAACAGAGAUAGCAGGGAGAUUUGCAUUUUUUACUUUAGGCGAAAUUUGUCAUAUUUUUUACAGCAGCUGGCAGGGAGAGUUAAUUUUGAAACACAGUGAAUCAAUAUUUUAUUUUGUUUACCAAGCAAACUGGAAUGAUACAUCUACACGUUCCCAAAAACUUAUGGUACCAUUAUUACUAAGAAGCGCAAUACCUUGUAGAAUAACUGCCGGAAAGAUGUUUGAAAUGUCAUUGAAAAGUUUCAGUAUGAUUGUAAAAACAUCAUUUUCAUACCUUACUGUGUUUGCGUCCAUGCGUGUUUAAUUGUUAAAAUUGAAUAACCAAAAUAUGAUUACACCAAAAAUAAAGUUUGCACAAUAAUGGACUGGUCACGUCGCUUUUUUGUACCAAGUAUUUUCUGCUACUAGGUUAAAAUAUGUAACAUAAAUAACGUGAAUAUCAAUAUGUAUUUACCAAAGAUUAUUAAUCAGUUUUUGUAACUUUUUUAUACUCAUAUCUAUACAUAAUUAUUUUAAUCAUAUAUUAAUGUAAUCUUUCAUACAAUUUUAGAAAAAAAUAAUAAAAAAUUAAUAAAUAAAAAUUUUUUUUGGACGAUGAAGUUAUUGCUGUUAAAUUUCACGUUAUCCGAUUUUCGGUUCCUACCAGAGGACUUGCGCAUGUCAUAAGAAGCCAUUUUUCAAUCCA